AUGAACACAAAACCAGAGUAUAAUAUUAAUGAUAAAGUAAUUGGAGAUAACAUUGAUAAUAAUAAUAAUAAUAAUUCAAAUAACAAUAACAAAACCAACAUUGAUUUAAAUAUAAAUGAAUUAAUAUCAUUGUUUAAUAAUAAAAACAAUAUAACUGCAUAUUAUCAUUGUAAUACUAACCAAUUGAAAUUUAUGUCAUUACAGCCAGUAUCUAUUGAAACUCUAAAGAAAUUACAAGAUGGUCCUAGUAAUGGUAAUGGUGUUGCUAGUGUAGGUGGUGGUGAUGUCAAGCCUGUAUUCACCUCACUCGCUGCAAAGAGAGAGGCCGCUUUGAAACGAAGACAGGAAGAAGCUGAGCAGAAAUCACAAGAGAAACAAAAGCAAUCAUUACAAAGAUUGAACAACUUGUUUUCAAAUGACUUUGAUAUGCAAAGUGGAAAUGAUUUGGUAUCACAAGAGCAAGAGAAGUUAAUGAACGUCAACCCAUUAGAGUAUUUCUCAAUCAACUCAAAUUCAUCCAACAACAACAACAAUAGCAGCAACAACAAUAGUAGUUCUAAUGACAGAGAUAGAAGAGAUACUAGGGACUCUAGAGAUAAUAGAGAUAUCAAUAAGAGAGGAGAUGAUAGAAGAGAUGACAGAAGAGAUGAUAGAAGAGAUGGAAGAUUUGGUGGUAGAAGAGAUGAUCGUGAUAGACGUGACGAUAGAAGAGAUGAUAGAAGAGAUGACAGAAGAGACGAUAGAGGAGAUGAUAGAUAUAGAAGAGACGACAGAAGAGAUGAUAGAAGAGAUGAUAGGUAUGGAAGUAGAAGGGAUGAUCGAAGAGACGAUAGAAGAGACGAUAGAAGGGAUGAUCGACGUGAUGAUCGUUCUAAUAGAUCAUAUCGUGAUGAGAAAGACGACAAUAAUGUAGGAGAGAAAAGAACAAGAGAAGAAGAAAGAGAGUUGAAUGAUAUCAAGAAAGAGUACAUCGGUGAAAAGAAAGAUAGAAAGAAGAAACCAAAGAAAAGUGAGAGAACUAGAUUUGUAUUUGAAUGGGAUACCGCUGAAGAUACAUCAAACGAUUACAACACAUUGUAUGCCAACAGACAAGAGGUAAAACCGCAAUUUGGUAGAGGUGUUAUGGCUGGAUUCGAUGGUCAGGACAGCAAAGGCAAAUCAGAUCACGAAAAAGAAUUGCCACCAACUCAUUGGUCCAAGAAGGAUUUGAAAUUGAUGACCGAGAGAGAUUGGCGUAUCUUUAGGGAGGACUUUAAUAUCUCGACAAAAGGAAGUGGUAUCCCCAAUCCAAUGCGAAGCUGGCGUGAGAGUAUAUUGCCUCGUGAGAUUCUGGAGGCCAUCGCCAAAAUGGGUUAUGAAAAACCAUCGCCAAUUCAGAUGCAAGCUAUUCCAAUUGCGCUGUGGGGCAGAGAUGUACUUGGUAUUGCAGAAACUGGUAGUGGUAAGACUGCUGCAUUUGUCAUUCCAAUGCUUGUUUACAUCUCAAAGCAGCCCAGACUCAACAAGGAGACAGAGGCAGACGGUCCUUAUGCUCUGGUGAUGGCACCAACCAGAGAGUUGGCGUUACAGAUCGAGAAGGAAGCAAGAAACUUUGCCAAUCAUUUUGGAUUUAGAUGUGUUGCACUGGUUGGUGGUCAGCCUAUUGAAGAUCAGAUCUUCCAGUUAUCCAAAGGCUGUGAGAUCGUAAUUGCUACACCCGGUCGUCUGAAUGAUUGUUUGGAGAAGCGGUACUUGGUGCUCAAUCAAUGUAAUUAUGUAGUGCUUGACGAAGCAGAUCUUAUGAUUGAUAUGGGUUUCGAGCCACAAGUAGUUUCGGUUCUUGAUGCAAUGCCAUCCAGUUUCCUCAAGUCAGAGAAUGAAGAGGAGGCAGAGAAGCAAGAAACCGAUGCCAAUCGUAUCUACAGAACCACAAUUCUCUACUCUGCUACUAUGCCUCCAAAGGUAGAGAGACUCUCAAGAAAAUACCUUAGACGUGCCGUCCAUGUCAUUAUUGGUGAGGCCGGUAAAGCUGUCGAUAGAAUCAAACAGAAUGUUGUCUUUGUUAAAUCCGACCACGAUAAGCGUGUCCAACUCAUGGAUCUCCUCUCGAACGGACCACCUCCACCCAUUAUUAUUUUUGUUAACAAAAAGAAGCACUGUGAAAUCAUCUCGGAAAUUGUGAGUGAGUGUGGAAUGACUUCCACUUCACUUCACAGCUCACGUUCACAAGAUCAGCGUGAGAUGGCACUCGAUGGUUUCAAGCGUCGUCGUUACAAUGUGUUGAUUGCUACCGAUGUGGCCAGUCGUGGUAUCCACGUCGAAGGUGUCACCCAUGUUAUCAACUAUGAUAUGCCAAACAACAUUGAGGACUACACACAUCGUAUUGGUCGUACUGGUCGUGCCGGUAUGGAGGGUAUGGCAUCAUCGUUCCUCACCGAUAAGGACACCGAGAUCAUGUAUGACCUUAAGAAUAUGCUGACGACAACUCACAACGUAGUACCAGCAGAACUACUAAAGCAUCCUGCGUCUCAACUCAAACCAGGUUCCGUUCCAGAGAGACAAAAGCGUUCUGAAACAAUUAUUUAUACCAAUAAAUAA